AUGCUGGGGGUCCGGCCCCGCAGCCCCAGCGCCGAACCCGCGCCCUCCUGGACACCGCAGCCCGAAGCACCGGGUCCUGCCAAGCGCCGCCGCCUCCACCAGCCCGCAGGCCCCGAAGCCCUGCCAACGCCCGGCCUGGAAGCCCCCGCGGGGCCCACCAGCGCCGCGCUCCCCUCCACCUCCGUGGUGCUCCUGGCCUCCGGCUGCGCCCUGGACGGCGUCGACCUGCUGCUGCAGCCCAAGCCCACCUCGCUCCUGCAAGUGUCGCUGCAAGGACACACCGUCAUCCUGGUCCCCGAGGGCCUCCUGAGCUGCGCCCACCCAAGCCCUGGACGGCUGGAACACGCGCCCGCCGGCCUGCAGGUGACAGCUCCCCUGGACACGCCCCAGGACCACCUCGUCGUCAUGGAGGAGGAAUCCUGGGAGUCGGUCCCAGACAUCGCCUGCCAAGAGGACGCCAGUGAUUGGGACGCGGACCCAGGCAUCCUGAUGCCCCAGGACCACCUCGUCGUCAUGGAGGAGGAAUCCUGGGAGUCGGUCCCAGACAUCGCCUGCCAAGAGGACGCCAGUGAUUGGGACGCGGACCCAGGCAUCCUGAUGCCCCGGGACCACCUCGUCGUCAUGGAGGAGGAAUCCUGGGAGUCGGUCCUAGACAUCGCCUGCCAAGAGGACGCCAGUGAUUGGGACGCGGACCCAGGCAUCUUGGCGCCCUGGGUGGAUGCUCCAACCGGCCCUGCAGCGGAGUUCCUUCCUUCCACAAGGGCGACCAUGCCUUGGUCUUACCAAGUCCCAGAGCCCUCGCCUCCAUCAUCCUCCUCUAGUGCAGAGAGUUGGGCUCCGCAGCCCACCGGGGACCUGGACAGCUCCAUGCUGAGCCCCUUACCCAGCUCACCACUGUAUCUUCUGCCACCGGCUCCUGUGGGUCGCCAAGCACAAUGCCGUCCUCGUCCUCUUAGCUGCCUGCUUAAGGUCCGCAGGCGACUGUUCCAUGAAUGA